UGCACCAUCCCAUCCCACCAUGCCCCAUCAUCCCAUCACCCCAGACACGGUGGAGGCCAUUCUGCACUGCAUGCAGCGUAGCCGGCGGCUGCUGGUGGUGCUGAGCCCGGCGUACGUGGCGCCUCAGAGCCACAGCCUGCUGGAGUGCCACCUGGGCCUGUACCUGCAGCAGGCGCACCAGGCCCGCCAGAGCCAGCAGGCGCCCCCCUCCCUGGUCACCAUCCGCUUCCGCUCCCUCAGCGCGGUGUUUGGACACGGCGCCCCCUGCCUGGAGGUCACGCAGCUGCGCCGCUUCUCCAGCAGCGUGGUGGCGUGGCGGGGCGAGCGCUCGAUGCCGCUGGGCUCGCGCUUCUGGAAGCUCCUGAGGCUGGCGCUGCCGGUGCGGCCGCUGGCGCUGGGGAAGAGGCUCAUCGACAGCUCGUCCACGCACUCGGACCUGGCGGUGCUGGCACGGCUUGGGCAGCAGGGGGCAGCACAAACAAACAGCCUGAGCGGGAGUCAAAAGACUGGCAAAGGAGGGAGGACUGGUGGGGUGAAAAGGACCGUGCGGAGGUCGGACAGGUGGAGGCUCAGGCAGCAGCAGCUGGCAGCCGGCGAGAGCUGCACGGUGUGCGUGAGCUUCAGGGAAAACCAAGUGUCAUGUGUUGCCAUAGAGCCCAUGUGGAAGACUCACCUCCACCACCACCACGAACACCACCAGCAGCAGCAGCCCAUCAUUGCCAAUGGGAUGCCUUCACUGCCGGACGCGGUCACUUGUCCUCUCACGGUGGUGGUCCCUGACAGUCGAGAGCCAUCGCCUCAGCCGAGCCUCACCAGUGACCAGGACAACAAUAACAGUCCCAAUGGCCAGAGCUGUGAACAGAGGAACAGCCCCCGCUGAGCCAGUGGUGGAGAACGCACUACAGCCAAUAAUGGAGAACAUUCUAGAACCAAUGAUGAAGAACAUUCUAGAGCCAAUAAUGGAGAACAUUCUAGAGCCAAUAAUGAAGAACAUUCUAGACCCAAUAAUGGAGAACGUUCUAAAGCCAAUGAU